UUUAAUUUUAGGUGAUGAAAUCUUAGCUAUACUCUCCGUCAUCCAGUCGGAUUGGAGCGGAUGAAACAAAAAGAUUAAGAACCUUUUUUCAUCAAAACUCUCUUACAACUCACAGCAACCUAAGAUCAUCAAUGGUUAAAUAUCGUUAUUUAUAAAUAAAACGAAAAAAAAAAAAGAUGAAGAAGAAAAAAACAGAUGGGUUGCGUUGAAACAGAAGCAGGCAUGAUUGCGUAACCAACGAAACAAAAAGAGUAGUAAGGGUCAAUCAAUUUGUUAUUUUCCAAAAAAAUUAUAAAUAAAAUAUUGUUUUAUGGCGUCACCUUCCUCAACUCCUCCAAAAGAAGAGGAAAAGGAAGGCUCAGCUCAACAAAUCAAACCUUCAACCAGAAGAAAUGGUUCCUUCCUCCUCCACCAAGGAUCCUCCUCCCACUCCUUCCUGGUUCACUCCCAAACGGUUAUUGAUUAUAUUUUGUGUUAUUAACAUGAUAAAUUAUGUGGAUCGAGGAGCAAUAGCGAGUAAUGGUGUUAAUGGGAGUAUUAGGAUUUGUGAUGACAGGGGAAUUUGCACUUCCGGUAGUGGAAUUCAGGGGGAAUUUGACUUAACUAAUUUCCAAGAUGGUCUCUUAUCGUCUGCAUUCAUGGUUGGACUCCUCGCGGCAUCCCCAAUAUUUGCUUCCUUGGCAAAGAGUCACAACCCUUUUAGGCUUAUUGGAGUUGGAUUAUCUGUUUGGACAUUGGCUGCAGCUGGAUGUGGUAGUGCAUUUUCCUUUUGGUUUAUUGCAAUAUGCCGCAUGCUGGUUGGUGUUGGAGAAGCUUCUUUCAUAAGUCUUGCUGCUCCAUUUAUUGAUGACAAUGCUCCUGUUUCUCAGAAAACAGCCUGGCUUGCAAUGUUUUAUAUGUGCAUACCUACUGGAGUUGCUCUUGGAUAUGUUUAUGGUGGAUUCGUUGGGGGCCAUUUUCACUGGCGCUAUGCAUUCUGGGGAGAGGCAUUGUUGAUGCUUCCAUUUGCUGUUUUUGGCUUCGUGGUGAAACCUUUGCAGUUGAAAGGAUUUUGUUCUGUUGAAUCAAAAAAAGCAUUGACAUCUGUGGAGACAGUUUCUGCUGUAACUGACGAUUCAGAUGCAUCAAAGCUAGAUGGCCGGAUCUUGGUUGGAGGUGAUGGUGUAAUUGCUGAUGAAUUGAAUAAAACUUCCAAGUCAGUAGGCAUACACAACAUAUUGAACCAGUUCUCUCCGUUUGCAAAAGACGUGAAAGUGCUUUUGGUGGACCAAGUUUAUGUUAUAAAUGUUUUUGGUUACAUAGCAUACAACUUUGUCAUUGGUGCAUACUCAUAUUGGGGGCCAAAGGCUGGUUAUAAUAUUUAUCAUAUGAAGAGUGCAGAUAUGAUGUUUGGAGGGAUUACAAUUGUUUGUGGGAUUUUAGGAACAAUAUCUGGCGGCCUCAUCCUUGAUCGCAUGAGUGCAACAAUAUCUAAUGCUUUUAUACUUCUUUCAGGUGCAACAUUUCUGGGUGCGAUAUUUUGCUUUGUUGCUUUCUGUCUCAGGAGCUUGUAUGGUUUCAUUGUUCUUUUCGCAGUGGGUGAAUUACUUGUUUUUGCAACGCAGGCUCCUGUGAAUUACGUGUGUCUCCAUUGUGUCAAACCGAGUUUGAGACCAUUAUCUAUGGCCAUCUCUACUGUCUCAAUUCACAUCUUUGGGGAUGUGCCUUCCUCACCGCUUGUUGGGGUUCUCCAGGAUCAUGUUAACAAUUGGAGGGAAACUGCACUUGUUCUGACCUCUAUAUUCUUUCUUGCUGCUGGAAUAUGGUUUAUAGUGUGGACAAGUCUAAUGAUGAAAGUGAAAGUCAAGUCUCUACAAUCACAACAGCCAAUAGGAAGCCAUUGCUUGAUGGAAAUGGGGAUGAGAGUUUUGGUGAAGUCUAAGUUCAAAUCUACGUGCUGCAAAAAAAAUUUUGCACGCUCACAAAUGUAAAUAAAAUUUUUAGUUUUAUUGCAUCUGUUUUUCCCAGUUGUAGAAGCUUACAAUUUUGUUUAGGUUAGUUUUAUUGAGGAAGUCUCUUAUAUCAGUUGUGGGAGUGAAAAGACAGAAAUUUGGUGUCAUUUUUUUGUUACGAAGGUCGCCCUGAGUAAAUGAAAAUGAAUUACAUAUGUUGGGAUUUGAAUCUCAUAUUUGUUGAAUGUUAUU